AAGAAAAUUCACAGCUCAGCUGUGGAUUUUCUUUAUGCUAAGAUCAUUUUAUAAAUUUUGAUCAAAUGAUUUCUUAUUGCUGUUAAACACUUUAUAAUUUUGGGUUUCAGAGGAAUUUUGUUUGUUGAUUUGAUAUCACGAAGAAGAAGAAGAAGAAGAAGAAGAGGAACGAACAAUGAACUGCUUUUCCUGUUGUAUGUCGGAAGAGAAAAUAAGAAGCAGGAGGACAAAUGCCGAGAAUGACUUCCCCGAUGAGCCCAAUACGAUAAGAGCUAUGCUUUCGUUUGCCAAUAUUUCAUUCAAGAGUGAUGGAAGCCGAAAGAGAUACAUUUCCGAGGAAAUCGUAAAAAGGGGUAAAAACAGUGCGACUGCAAAGACUUUUAAUUACCGUGAUCUAUGCACUGCAACUAACAACUUCAACCCAGAGAGUCAGCUUGGUGAAGGGGGUUUCGGAAGGGUCUACAAAGGGCAGGUUGAUAACCCGAAUCAGGUUGUUGCUGUCAAGCAACUUGACAGGAAUGGAUACCAAGGGAACAAAGAGUUCCUUGUUGAGGUCUUGAUGUUGAGUUUACUUAACCAUCCAAAUCUUAUGAGUUUGGUUGGAUAUUGUGCCGAUGGGGAUCAAAGGAUUUUGGUCUAUGAAUACAUGCCUAAUGGUUCCUUGGAGAGCCACCUUCUAGACAUACCCCCACACAAGAAGCCAUUGGAUUGGGAUACCAGGAUAAAAGUUGCAAUCGGUGCGGCUAAAGGCCUUGAAUACUUGCAUGAAACAGCUGAUCCCCCGGUGAUUUACCGUGACUUUAAAGCAUCAAACAUAUUGCUGGACCAGGAUUUCACUCCGAAGUUAUCGGAUUUUGGACUUGCAAAGAUCGGUCCAACCGGAAAUAAGUUGCAUGUUUCCACCAGGGUUAUGGGAACCUAUGGCUACUGUGCACCUGAAUAUGCACUAACAGGCCAAUUGACUACGAAAUCAGAUGUUUACAGCUAUGGGGUCGUGUUUCUGGAGAUGAUAACGGGAAGAAGAGUAAUAGACACUUCGAGACCAACAGAAGAACAGAAUCUUGUCAGUUGGGCAACACCUUUAUUCAAAGAUAAGAGAAAUUUCUCACAAAUGGCUGAUCCAUUAUUGCAAGGGAAUUAUCCCAAUAAGGGUCUCCACCAAGCACUCGCAAUUGCAGCAAUGUGUCUGCAGGAUGAUGCGGACGCUCGGCCUACUAUGAGCGAUGUGGUAACCGCUCUUGAAUACUUAAUCACAGGUAAUGUACCGAAAGAAGAAGAAGAUGACGAUGGCAAUGAAGAACAAGAAGGAAAAGGCGGCAAUGAAGAACAAGAAUAGGCAGGGUUAUGGAGACAGUCGGAAACCUCGGAAGAAGGGGCAAAGGGACAAGAAGAGGGUUAAUGAAGCUUAUCAGAACUCGUUUCGUGGACCUGAAACUCGAAAUCUUAUUUCCUUUCAUGGGCUGCUUUUGUAAGAUGGUACAUGGAAAGGAUAUUUUGAUGAUAA